AUGGCUUCCAACAAACCGGUAGACAAGCUGGCUGACAAUCUGAAGGGGUUGGUCAUCGGCGCCAGCGGUACAAUCCCUGGAUAUCAACAUGAGGAAAUCAAGCGGAUGGUCGAGGAAUGUGGUGCGAAGUUUGCCGCGAUAAAUAUCAACAAAUGCACUCAUCUGGUGACGACAGAAAAAAAUGCCAACAAAGAUUUGAGAAAGAUCAAUGUGGCUCGUGAACUAGAAAGCUGCCAAAUUGUGAACAUUGAUUGGCUGCUUAAGAAGAUCGGAAACGAUAUUCCAGAGCAUGGCCAGAAAAAAACAAUCAAGGGCGAGAGGAAUGAAGAGAGCAAGCCCAAAGGCAGAAAGCGUGCGCGAGAAUCUUCAGUUCGGGACGACGAAGACAACCCUUCGAAGAGAACGAAGGAUGAAGAACAGAUCAAGCUCAAGUAUCUGAUCAGUUUGGUUGAUGAGAAAUACCCAAACCCGAGUAGCACGCUCUCCGUUUACCAGGACGACACCGGUUUGAUAUGGGAUGCCACACUGGUCAGCCUUGGUGUGAGAAAAGUCCAAAUUUGUCGCAUACAACUUCUCCUUCGUCGCGAGUCACAAAAGUUCCACCUGUGGAACUUGCAGUACCAAUGCGGGUCAUCCGAGACGUCAACAUCAAUUGGAAGGGUAGGAAGCCUCGACUCGGUCAAGCGUGCGUUUGAGGUGAAGUUCAAGUCACUCAGUCAUCUAGAAUGGGAAGACCGAAAUGAUAUUCCUUCUUCUAAAGGUUGGAUUUUCCUCCAGAUGCCUCAAAGGGAAGUUCCCGUCUUCACCAGCCGGAUCAGCCCGUUGCCUACAAGCGUUGAGGACGUUUUGAAAAUCAUCUUCACAUCAGGAGCAGACUUGAAAAACUAUGUCCAUUUGCUAAACAGUCAGGGGCGCGGUAUCUUGCUUGAAAACCAAGUGGACAAGAAAAAGCUCCUGAUCGGGAUUGCAGUCUUGGCCAAGCUGAUGGAGCUCACCAAUCCUCAGCUAAAUCCUUGCGACACUUACAAAGCGAAGAACAAACUGUGCAACUUCUACAAUCACUUGAUUCUCACACAAGGGACUCUUUCGGAUAACAAAGAUAUUGUCAGACAGGAGUUGGAAUCCCUCGAUCUGUUACUCAAGUUGCGCGAUGCCAGCGAGAUUCUGGAAAAAGAUUGCCGGUCUUCUUCAUUGGCGAUGAGCCAGAUAUCCCAAGUAGUUGGUCUGGCAAAAAUGCUCCCAGUGAGGAGAGAUUCGACAGAGUUCAAGAUGCUCCAGGAGUAUAUUGAGAAAACUUCUUAUUCACAACACAUUUAUCAAUUCAAGGAGAUCAUCGGCCUGUUCCGUCUCGAACGUCCCGGGGAAGCAGAGCGUUUUGCCCAGUGGGAAAAGGAAAACCUUGCUAACAUCGGAGAUCGGCGACUUCUGUGGCAUGGCUCAAAAGCUAGCAACUUUGCAGGGAUCUUAAGCCAAGGGCUGCGUGGCGACGGGAUUGUCAGUACCGAUGGAAAGCGCUUCCUUCCUGGGGUAUACUUUGCCGACAUGUCUACUAAGUCGGCACAAUAUUGCAAAGGGAAUGGGGAAGUCUUGAUGUUGUUAUGCGAAGUCGAGCUGGGGAAAUCCACGGCUUUUUCAGUCCACCAUCUUGGCAUGACUGUCCAUAAUAAAUGGCGCGAUGCUGGAUAUAUUCACCCAGAUUUCAAGGGGUGCCAAGUGCCAGAUGUUCACGCGGGACGAUCAACUACAACCCCGAACGGCCGGCGUUAUUACACCUCUGAGUAUAUCGCGAAAAACCCAGCACAAAUUCGUCAACGGUAUUUGUUCCAUGUCAAGCUCGUUCAAACGCCAGGGACUUAG